GGCAAUGACGGAGCACAAAGCGUCUGCGAACGCGCCGGCAGCAACCCAGUAUCGCCAUUUGAGACUCUUUGAGCUGACAGAAGAAGAUAUUGUUAUGGAAUCAACUGUGUGGUUAGAGGGCGCGAGACAUACGGUGUUUUUAUCGUCAGAGCCGCCGCAUACGAGAAAACCGCUGAGUAUGACAAGCCAGUGAACAAAAGGUCGUAUGGAUGAUGUGAAAAUGGCGCACCCGACUGAGCGAGGCACAGAAGAACGAUGGCCACCAAACAGAGUCGGAGUCCCCCUUGUAUAUAUCGCUGAUACACCGAACAUAUACACCUUAGGCUAA